CGGAUUCCAAGGAUUGACUGGCCGUAUAAAAGCAGCGGGCCAGAUGCUUGUAUUAUGGUUUCUCCCCAUUGAUUUACGCUAUCCAUCAUGGUGACCAACCAUCAUUCGCCGGAGGUCAUAGAGCAUGUCGCCGAAAAGGCACCUUCCUCUUCCUCCAACUCUGACGCUAUUGAAGGCAAAGAGGACCUAGCGGCUAGCCAGUACGACACUAUCUCUGGCCAAUUACCCGAGCUCGCGGCAGUUGGCUCCAACAUGGAUCGCAAGAACGAGGAGAAUGGCCCGCGAGCAGGAGAAGAACUCGAAACUGUUAUCCCUUUGGCAUAUCGACUGAUUGCGUUCUCAAUGAUUCUAUUCUUCGCUACUGGCUCAAGCUACAUGCAAUCAGUGGCUAGUCCUUUGAAAUCGACAUUCAAGGAGAAGCUCAACAUCAACAAUGCUCAGUACGGUACUAUCUCUAGUGCGUCUAGUUUGGUUAACACCAUCCUUCCGAUCAUCGGUGGUAUCGGUAUGGACUACUGGGGGGCGACAUAUGCUGCUAUCAUAUCCAGUAUUUUCGUUCUAGUUGGUGCCAUCAUUGCUGCCGCUGCAUCUAACGCCGAAAAUUACGGCAUGCUUAUCGGCGGCUUAAUUCUCAUGGGUUUCGGUUCUACCGUCAUCGAGUCUACCCAAAACAAGCUUUACUCCCACUGGUUCCGCGGUACAUCCCUUGGUCUCGUAUUCGCUGUCGACAUUGCCUGGAACCGAAUCACCUCGGUCAUUGCCAAAAACACGGCCGUACCCAUGUCAACCAUCAAUGGAUGGUGGGGUUGGGCUCUAUGGAUCCCUGCUAUCGUUUGUGCGGUGAACAUGGCUGUGGUGAUGCUUUACUGGUGGUAUGAGCGGGCCGUACCAAAGAAGUAUAGGCCUCUUCUUGGGAAGGAUGCAAGGGUGAAGGAAGGUUGGGAUAAGCGAAAGUUCCAGUUUGGGACACUUCGUAGGUUGCCCAAGUUCUUCUGGAUUUUCUGUGGUUCUCAACUCUUCCAGAAUGCCGCCGUUUCCGUUUACACUUCCAACUUGGCCGACAUCCAGACUGUUACCCGAGGUACUAGCACGCUCGCUGCUGGCUAUAACAGUUCUCUCCAGUCUGUUAUUCCUAUCUUUUUGACCCCAUUGACCGGUUUCUUUUUUGAUAAAAUUGGAUGGAGAAUGCCUUUCGUCUCUUUCACUGGCGCUCUUUACAUCAUUGUCUUUGCCCUCAUCGGUCUUACCACCGUCCACCCUCUCUGCCCUAUCCUCAUCUCCUCAUUCGCUCUGUCUACUAACGCCAUCACUUUUAUCGCUUCAAUUCCCAUCUUAGUGGGGGAUGAUUCAUUGUUGGGUACCGCUCUUGGUAUCUGGAAGGCAUUUGCAAACGGCAAUUCUAUCGUCCUUGACGUUGCCGCUGGUGCUAUCCAAGACCGAUCUAGCAACGGCUCCUACAACAACGUCAUCUACUUCAUCAUCGCCAUUAAGGGGGUGCAAGUCCUUCUCGGUCCUACAUACUAUUAUCUUGAUCGCAGGUGGCUUGCAGGGUCUCUCCGUAUGACCGAAGAGAAUCGUCUCGCGAAGCUGAAGGAAGUCAAGGAGAACAACUUGGAUUACGAAGGUUGGAGAGUCAGCAAGAUGACGGCUGCCAUCGUUGGUUUCGAAUUGAUCGGCCUGAUUAUCACUGCCUGGGUUGUAUACAUCAUCUACUCUCUCGGCACAUGAGGGACUGAUAUUUCUUCCACGCCUAAUCUUUUUUUCCCUAACUUUUCAUUUUAUCGUAUCUAGCGCGAUUAUAGACAUAAUUCUGGGCAAGAUGACCCGACACAACUACUGCCAUGAUUAGGAUGCACUGUAUAGCUACA